AUGCUUCUACAGCCCGGGCCUAUCCUCAAUACUGACCAGCAGCAACAACAGCAACAGCAACAACUUCAGCAGCAAACACAGGCGGCCCUCCUCUCGGCACACCAACCAUCAUCGCUGACCUCCUCCUCCAGUGCCUCGUCGACGCCACCGAUCCAGGACGUGAGCCGCUAUCUGGAAACGCUACAGGAGCAGCUCAAGGAAGGCUGGACUGCCCACACGGCCAAGGAUGGCCGGCUCUACUAUUGCAAUCACAUCACCCGUACGGCCGGAUGGUUACCGCCCAUCGAGAACUGGAUCCAGGCGAACGACUUACCGUACGGCUGGGAGAAGGCGAUCGAUCAGAAAGGUCAACCGUACUACAUCAAUCACUUGAACAAAACCACAACCUACGAGGAACCGAUCCGACACCAUGGCAACGAGGCACCCCCGGAACCGCGGGUUGUCGUGCUGCAGCGCAGUCCGACGCUCGGGUUCGGCUUCGUUGCCGGCAGUGAGAAACCUGUGAUCGUGCGCUUCGUCACGGAAGGUGGCCCUAGUGUAAAUAAGUUGGAACCAGGUGACCAAAUAUUAGCUGUAAACGGUGAGGACGUCAAAGACGCACCCCGGGACCAUGUGAUACAAUUAGUUAGAAAUUGUGAAACCUCCGUAACGCUGCUGGUCUGCCAACCGCGGCUCUAUAAUGCGGUCGGCCGGAAGUCGACGCUGCUGUCGGCGGGCAAGAAGGCGAAGCUGAAAUCACGCCCCAUCCGCGUCCGCUUCGCCGAGAGUGUCUGCGUUAACGGGGCGCCAUUAUUUCCGCCAUCUGCCUUCUCUCUUGGCGAUCUGUGCGUUCCGCCGAUGGCGAACGUGCUGAAGGUGUUCCUGGAGAACGGUCAAACCAAAUCGUUCAAAUACGACUCGACUACCACUGUACAGAACGUUGUUACAUCGUUACGCGAUAAGUUAUGCCUAACCGCCGGCGAACACUUUAGUCUCGUGGUGGAGCACGUGAAAAGUUUAAAACGCAACAAGCUCACCCUGCUGGAUCCGCAAGAGACGGUGGCCCGGAUAGCAGCCCGGCCCGGAGCCCACAAGCUUCGGUGUCUGUUUCGGGUGACGUUCGUCCCGGUGUCGGCGGCCGGUCUCGCCCAGAAGGACCUCAACGCGCUGGACUACCUGUUUCUGCAGUGCUGCAACGACGUGACUCAGGAGCGGUUCGCGCCCGAACUGCAACCCGAAGUGGCGCUACGGUUGGCCGCGCUGCACAUGCACCAGCACGCGCUGGCCAACAACAUCUCCCCGGCGAAACUAACUGUAAAAACUGUUGAACGAGAGUUUGGACUGGAUCGCUUUGUGCCUGCUUCGUUGAUCGAGGGAAUGAAACGGAAGGAGCUGAGGCGGCUGCUCGGUCACUUCCUGAAGCUCAACUCACAGAUGACGGGCUCGUCGACGAAGAUGCUCACCCAGCUGCAGGCCAAAAUUCACUAUCUCGACAUCAUUUCCGGUCUGCCGAGCUACGGGGCCAAGUGCUUCAGCACGAACCAGCGCGACGGUGUCGAACGGGUCCUGCUCGUUAGCCCGCGGUUCGGACUGAGCCAGAUUGCCGGCGUGCGGAACACGGUGCCUCAACCGAUAUGCAAUCUGGAAGAGCUGAUCCGCGUGGUCGUGACGCGGGACGACGAUAUCUCGAACACCGUGACCGUGUUUAUCAGCCCCGAUCGAGUGAUCAACUUUUCGAUGGAGGAUCGCGAUGCGUCGGAGUUUGCGAUUGUCCUCGCGGGCUACUAUCGCCUGAUGGCCGGUAAAGAGCUGCCCCUCGAGCAGGAACGUGACGUUCAGAUCGAAGAUAUCGCUCCGCCGUACCUGUCGCAGCACACGGUGGUUCACAACCACUGGAGCUACCUGCCGACGGAGAAGCAAACGCACAGCAUCGCGUUCCUGAUGCCGCCGCCGUACCACUCCACCGGGUUCCGCAGUGCGACCGGGUCGAUCAGUUCGUCGAGCCGGUCGGACGACUGCGACCGGAACGCCAACAGUGCCCGGGCCGCCAACCGGAACGGGCGUCCCAGCCUCAAGGAGUACGACUUCGACGCCGGCCGGGAGCUGCGCGUGUCGCGGGACGGGCUCGAGCGCAAGAUCGGUGGCAUCCCGGUGGCCGUGCCGGAGGCGCGCAACGAGGAGGUGCUGCGCCGGGUGGCCGAGAUGCAGAAGAUGGUCGAGAGCUCGGAACGCUACCUGAACGAGCACGGCGACUACGGUCACGAGUUCGAGGUGAAGCCGGGCGGCAAGCUGAACUUCUGGCGCGAAACGUCCGUCGACGUGGACGAGAGCGACUGCGAGAGCCUGACGAGCAGCAAGCAGAGCUCGAACGAGGACAGCGGGCCGGGGGUGCUGAAGCACAGCGACUCGCUGACGCUGCUGACCGAGACGAUCAACCAGGGGCUGGACGGGAUCGCGAAGGGUCUCAGCUCGAUCUACACGGCCCCGUUCAGCGAGAUGAACGGCAAGCUGGAGGGCGUCGGGCCCGGGUCGGCCCCGAAUACGCCGAAGGGUCAGCGCAAGCUUUCCGGCCUUAGCCAGAUCCUGAGCGACCUGCAGACCCUCGGCAACGAUCUGUCGCAGAGCGAGAGUGACUCCGAGUCGCUCUACACACCGAACAGCUCACCGAUCCACCGGAACGCGGGCCAAACCGCGGCCCACCCGCUGGCUCAGUUCGCGCUGCAGCAACAGCAACCGCCGGGGGCGCUCCGCAACAAGACGAUCCGCACCAGCUUUGGCCUGCACAGCCCCGACAGCGGCAUGGACGGGCGAGACCUUAACCUGAAGGACUAUCUGCGCCAGCUGAAGGAGGCGAGCGCCAGCGCCAGCGAGCUCGGGGAUGCUGGGGGCGGCGUGGGCCCGGACUUGGCCGCCAAGAAGCUGGCCGACCUGUACGGCUACGAGCUGCUCGGCGACGAGUCGAUCAUCGAGACGGACCCAGACAUCAUCGAUCUGCGCUCGCUGCCACCGCCCCAGACGCCGGACGAGCUGGACAACCUGCACGUGCUCAGCGUCCCGCCGACCGGCUUUGACGAUGGGACGGGCGGCAAGGGAGGACCACCGACCAUCACCGGGAACCUCGGUGCGGGCGAUCUGGAGGAGUUCCUCAAGCAGGUAACGAUAGAGCCUCCGACGCAGAAGAUCACUCCCGCCGUCGAGCUGACGCCGGAGGAGAUCCUUUCGUACAUUAUUCCUCCACCGCCCGGGCUGGGCGAUCAGACCGAUCGCCCGACCGUCCCAAACGGGGUCGCUUCCGGUUCUCCUGCCCACCACCACCUCACCACCAACUCCAGCAGCACCACCACCACCACCACCACCGCCGCCGCCGUUUCCACCGAUCCCAGUAGGGUAACCAACAACAACAACAUCAACACCGCCAAGAACCUCAACCUGGCCAACUCGCCGCGGCCGGCGCCCCGCACGACGCUCGUCUCCAGCGAGGUGCCGGUCCCGAACGGGCAGGUGGCUCUGCUGGCCGCCCGUUUCGCCUACGAUCCGGCGCGCUUCGAGGUGUACUAUCCGCCGGAGAUGAGGCACCAGAAUGGUGGCGGCCCGGCCCCAAGCACCGAGUACGAUCUGUACAGCAACGGCGAGGUGGCGAGCGCGGCCACCGUCGCCGCGACCGUUGCCGGUGUGACGAACGUAGGUGUGGGGCCCACCGUCGCCAAUGGGUCACUACCGAACGGGACCGCCGGUUCCAACGGGCACGUCAUCGAGUAUCCGACCGUCGACCGGAAGGGGCCGUUCUCGUGCUGUGCCAAGUCGAAGUCGAAGGACAAGCAGAAUGGCGAGGCGGGCGAACAGCAGCGGGUGCCGGCCGCGGAAGUAUCCGGGGACCCGAACCUGGCACUACCACCGAAACCCUGUCCCCACGCACCGAGUCCGCCGCAGCGACCACCAAAGAGUGCGGAGCUUCAGCUGCGGCUCGGGUCACCGGUUCGCUCGCCGCCCGGGGCCACCGGGCCGAAGGUGAACGGGUCGGGCGCUGCCGCCGGGAACUACUACGAGCUGGACCCGGCCCCUACCCUACCGCCCCGUUUCGAGCAGUCCCCCCCGCCGGUGUUCGUGGCCAGUUUGCCCCCGAAGAAACCGCCACUACCUCCGGUUCCCCUGAAACCCUGCAUCGCCCUGCGCAGCCCGGUCCCGAUUCUGAAGAACCCACACGCCGCCGCCUACAACCUGCACCUACUCCACCAACAGCACCAACAGCACCAGCAGCAGCAGCCUCCUCUGCCGCUGCCGCCGCCGCAGCAGCAGCAGCUGCAGCAACCUCAACAGCCACCGCACCUCCAUCUCCACCACCACCACCAUCUCCUCCACCAGUACCAGCAACAACCUCACCUCGGGCCGUCCCAUUCGGCCAACUCGUCGCCGGUACGGACGGCCGGCAUCGGUUCGCCGCACCUUCACCGUAAUCCCAACUGUUACAGGGAGAUCGAGCGGGCCUUCAACCGGGACGAGCUGACGGUGGCGUCCGCCCCGAACGGUCACCAUCGGUCCCACAGCGACUGCCCGCCGGUCUGUCUGAAGAGUGCCCCGAGCGACAGUAGACCGCCGCUGACGCUCCUCUGCUCACCGCAGCUCGCCCGCAAAGCGUCCCUACCGACGGCGGCCGUCGCACCCGUCAUGCUCCCGGCGGCGGUCACUAGCCCGGCCACCUCCGCCAUCACCUUCAGCAACCCGGGCAGUCCGAUCCUGUCGAACAAGAAUGGCCACGUCCUGAACGUCGACACGCUGAUGGCCAAGACGGACGUGGCGAUGGCGGGACUGCUGGUGAAGCUGGACCAGGUAGCGGCGGCCUGUUCCGCGGCCCAGGCGGCCGGCGGAGGAACGAGCAUCGACGAAACCAAGUUCCAGCAGGCCCGGGACGAGCUGACCGACCAUUCGCUGCACCUCGUGACCGCCUCCAAGCACCUGGUCGUCUCGAUGUCCGACGCCAACCUGACCAACCUGCCCGAGCACCUGACCGCGUGCCUGUCGGCGCUGCGGCGCAUCACCGAGCUGGCCCAGGACCUGACGCGCUACACGUCCGCCCCGCUGCAGACGCGCAACAUCGUGCUGAAGGUGCACGAUGUCGCCUCGAGCUUCCGGGAGCUGGCGUGCGUUCGGGUCGGGCCGGCCGGGGCCGGACAGCUCGCCCUCAACGCCGAGUGUCUGGCCAACGUGCUCGCCACGCUGCUGCGCAGUCUGCGCGUCUUUUCACCGUAA